AAUUGAUGAAAGCAUUGAUCUUAUGUUACAAUAAUUAACUGUAGAGCAGGGCAGUUUAUUAACUGUGGAAUAGUAAUCAAUCUGAUGACUACAAACUCAAGAGAAAAUAUUUGAUCCAAUAUUCCUUUUCUCAAAUUCAUUCUUGUUUGUCUUAUAAGACGCCACGAGGUCGUUAGUUUCUACCUAUACACAUACAUCAUAAUAGCACGCUGAAAUCACACGUGUGGGAUGAUCAAUUAUCAUAUUGUUAUUUACAUAACUUAAAAGCAAAAGCAUCUUUGUCAAUUACUCAAUUUACUGAAGAAAUGUCUGGUGACACAGAAGCAACAGAAUGGGCACUAUCAAAAAUGUCAUUAGAGUCAAAAAAUGUAGAGAAAGGAUGUUGGAGUAAAGAACGAGCCACUCGUGGACAAGUAUCAUCAGGACUAACUCAUGAAUGUGGAGUAUUUGGAUGUAUUGCAGCUGGCGACUGGCCAUCUCAAAUAGAUGUUAGUCAAGUUAUUUGUUUAGGAUUGGUUGCAUUACAACACAGAGGUCAAGAAAGUGCAGGUAUUGUCACGAGUGAGGGAAUAUGUGCAAAAUCAUUUCGAGUUCAUAAGGGAAUGGGAUUGAUAAAUAACAUUUUUAAUGAUGAAAGUAUGAAAAAAUUACGAGGAAAUUUGGGCAUCGGUCACACAAGAUACAGUACAAGUGCAGCAAGUGAGGAAGUAAACUGUCAGCCUUUUGUAGUUCAUACAGCACAUGGUGCUCUAGCUGUUGCUCACAAUGGUGAGCUUGUAAAUACUGAAUCACUGAGAAAAAUGGUACUUGGAAGAGGGGUUGGUCUGUCUACACACUCGGAUUCAGAGUUAAUAACCCAAGCAUUGUGCUUGAAUCCACCGGAAGGUGAAAUAAAUGGUCCAGACUGGCCUGCACGUAUAAAACAUCUAAUGCAGCUUGCUCCAUUAUCUUAUUCAUUAGUGAUUAUGUUAAGAGAUAAAAUUUAUGGAGUAAGAGAUCCUUAUGGUAAUCGUCCUUUAUGUCUUGGAAAAAUAAUACCAGUCGGAAAAUUAGCUGGAAAUGAUUCGAGUGAUUCAGAUGAUGAAGAAGCAGAAGGUUGGGUCAUUUCUUCAGAAUCCUGUGGUUUUCUUAGCAUUGGUGCACGAUAUGUACGAGAAGUAUUUCCAGGAGAAAUAGUUGAGUUAACUAGAGAAGGAAUCAAAACAAUUGAGAUUGUAGAGAGACCAGACAAGAGGCCUCAAGCAUUUUGUAUAUUUGAAUAUGUCUAUUUCGCUAGAAGUGAUAGUAUUUUCGAGGGUCAAAUGGUAUACUCAGUCCGUAUGCAAUGUGGACGAGUUCUUGCAGUUGAAUCACCAGUUGAAGCUGAUAUUGUGAGUUCUGUACCGGAAUCAGGAACAGCUGCAGCUCAUGGAUAUGCAAGAGAAUCCAAGAUUCCGUUUGCAGAAGUUUUAUGUAAAAAUAGAUAUGUUGGUAGAACCUUUAUUCAACCAAGCACUAGAUUGAGACAGUUAGGCGUUGCGAAGAAAUUUGGAGCUUUGUCUGAGAAUGUCAAGGGAAAGAAACUUGUUCUUAUUGAUGAUUCCAUAGUUCGAGGAAAUACAAUAGGACCAAUUAUUAAACUGUUAAAAGAUGCUGGAGCAAAAGAAGUUCACGUCAGAAUAGCUUCUCCUCCACUGAAAUAUCCUUGUUACAUGGGUAUAAAUAUUCCAACGAGAGAGGAAUUGAUUGCGAAUAAGUUAGAUAACGUUAAAUUAGCAAAACAAGUUGGAGCUGAUUCACUGACCUAUUUAUCAGUUGAUGGACUUGUUGCAGCUGUGCGAUAUGGUAUGGAUAAUCGUGAGAGUACUUAUAUCGGUCAUUGUACAGCUUGUUUGACCGGCGAAUAUCCAGAUGAAUUACCAGGUGAUCUUGAUUGGUGAAUGAAUGAAUUUAAGGCAAUAAAUAAUAGAUUAUUCAUUAAAACAUUCCAAGCUGAUGUGAAUCUUGAUUUGAUUCAGUAUUUAUUAUUGUCAAAUAAUAGUUAAUUAUCAAAAUAAUUUCUGUAACAAAUGUUUUCUUACAAAUGAAUCUUAAAUGCUUCUUUAACUUACAAAAUAAUAUGUAUAAAAUGUUGUUAUAAAAUUUUUAUAUAUAAAUAAGAAAUACCAAUUA